GGUUAUCUCUCUUUCUGGAAUGAUAACAUCUCGUACACACUCAGAGGCUGCAUUCUUAUUGAAUUGGCAUUUCGAGGUCGAAUAGCAAUGGUUAAAGAUCCAAAUCGUCGUAAAAGUUUGCUUUCAGAGCGAAAUAUUGAAGUGCUGGAUGAUAAACUGACUGGUGAAGUGCUGCUAGAUGAGGCAUUAAAAAUGAUGAAAACAAGUGAAAAGAUGAGUGUGGGAAACUGGAUUGAUUUAAUGAGCGGAGAAACAUGGAACGUCAUGAAAAUAGGUUAUCAAUUAAAACAAGUGCGGGAACGUCUUGCUAAAGGAUUAGUAGACAAAGGCAUUUUACGAACUGAGAAACGCAAUUUUCUUCUUUUUGACAUGGCCACACAUCCAGUCAGCGACUUUUCAGCAAAAGAAGAGAUUGUAAAACGUUUAAUAAACACACUAACCACCCACUCAUCGGCUACCGCUUCUUCCGACCCCGACAUACCAUUCAGUCAAUUACGCACCAUAUCAAUGGUAUGCGCGGCAUAUGCGGCAAACGUGCUUGAUAAUGCUUUGGCAAAUUUAAAUCAUGAGCAUCGGGAGCGAGCCUACGCAAAAGUGGAUGAAUUGUUGAGUGAUUAUUCGGUUUGGCCGUUUACUAACUCGCGCAUCGAGAUUCCCGAGGGAAAGGACUUGCAGAUUGAAGUUGUGGCAGCGGUGUUGAAUGUAUUGAUGGAAAAUAGUUUUAUGUGGAUGAAUCACCUGAUUAAUCGAGGUUUAGUCGAGAGUCGUGAUGAAGACGAUGUUCAG